UAAUAUUUCAACAUUAUAAAAACCAUUUUUCUUGUAGCAAAUGGAAUUUGAGAACUAAUGGAUUCAUCUUUGGAGUCAGAUGAACUCAGUGGUGACCUGAGUGCUUCUCGUCACAUAGAGAUCCCAUCAUCAUCAAGAAGCAGUACGAGAGACGCUAAAAGACAGUUACGAAUCGUAGAGUCAACAGAGACGAUCAGAAGUACUCUAUCACCCGAGCUAUGUAGCAGCUUGUCAUUUGGGCCUUUGUCCUCCACUCACGAUCAGACAUGCUUCCUACAAGAGGUUUUCCCGUUCCUGUCCGUGCAGAAUGAUGACGAAUUUAACUCGGAGAAGCCUCUUAACUUCAAUAGCCUGGACCUACGCUUGAAGCAGUCCAUCUCUAUUCCAUCCUCAGUUGAUCAGUACAAAGAUAACGUAGUUGACAUGAAAAAAAGGGCUGAAGUGGACGGUGUCUUGGGGCCUGCUGUCGUUAGAAUGGACCCUGGCAGGUCAAUGGGCUACUUUGUGUACAGUCAAGAUAAACUGGAUAUUGAAGGGAAGUCUAAUUUCAGCACUUGUUGUGCCAACACUGCGCUCACCAAGGGAAGGUGGAUGUAUGAAGUCCUCCUGUUAAGCCGCGGAAUCAUGCAGUUAGGUUGGACCACGCCUAGCAGCUUUGCUAACUUCACUACACAGGAGGGUGUGGGAGAUACUGAGAACUCUUUUGCAUUCGACGGAAAGCGAAUCAAGAAGUGGAACAAAGGCGCGCACGAUUACGGAGAAGAGUGGAACGUGGGGGAUGUUAUUGGGUGCGCUAUUGAUCUGGACGUGGGUGAAGUGUCAUACUAUCGGAAUGGGGUGUCGCUUGGUGUUGCUUUCUCCAAUGUCAAAACAGGCACCAACUAUGCCUACUUCCCUGCAGUGUCUCUAUCCUUCGAGGAGCACAUCAGGAUCAACUUUGGAGAUCGACCAUUUAACUACAAAAUCGAUGAAUUUGAACCUAUACAGGCAUAUCCUGCUGAAGAGUUGUACUGUGUUGAUCAGUACCUCGUUUCAAUAAACAAUAUCCUGAAAAUUCACCUCAACUCUGCCAAACAGAGCAACUUAUAUUUCAAUCAAAUAAGCAUGGCACACAUAUUUGAUAAGAUCGGCCAUCUUCUUGGAAACCCUUACAUAAUCCACUCUCUCAUAGUGCCUUUCAUCACUGACAAAUGUCAGCUUCCUGAAAAGAGGGCAAAGUUCUUUGAAGCUCUAACAACGUUUUUGGAUGACUGGGAGUUGAAUCAUUUGGUGGACGAGCUGUUUCACACUGUUGCUCUCAUCUCUUACUGCUGCAUUUACUCCAACCAACCUACCCAGAAAAUACAACUGCUCCAGUUGGCGAUUGACAUGUUGGCAGACCCCAAGUUUAGCGACAUAAUAGUCAACUCGCCGCUAUUUGGGCACAGGUUCAUGCUCUUCUUACACUUCAAAGGUCCAGAUGGACAACUCCUCAGCUCUGUAGUUCCUCAUGCUUGGUGGCCAGGUAAUGAGGAACACAAGGAAUCAUUUGAUAACGCCACAAAGAACAUCUAUGGAGCUAUAAAACAAGUAGAAGCUAUGUUCGCCAAGAUGUUGGACAUUCUGAUUUCAGGGCGACAUCUCAAGAAGUUUUUAGCUUACUUAAAUGAAUUCAUCCAACAGAUAUUGGCAGUUGCAGUCUCUUUGUCAAACCUCCGGAACAUACCUAUCCAUCAGCAAGCCUUCAUGUCCAAUCUUUUUCUCGCUAUUUCAAGAUCCCUCGCCGAAAACACAACACACUUGUCUGCCUCGAAAGUAUUCAUCAAACCAGCUUAUUAUACAACGAAGAACAUGCAGUCAGACUUCUCAGACCUUCCAAGAGUAGGAGGCAACCACGGACAUUUGAGAAAAGAGCACAAAGAGUACCUGUCUAACCUGGAACAGGGAGAUGUAGAUGACAUGUCUCACAUUCUCAACAAUACUGCUCUUCUAUUCCACCUUGGAGUUUACCGGAGACUUCUUUCUGCUGACCUCUUCUGUAGAGAAAUGACAGACCACGCUGCACAUCUGAAAGCAGUACAGGAGAAAAUCAAGAAUUGUCCUGUUGAUGAGAAGGAAGUAUUGGAGGAUCUUAAACAGUGUGAAGCUGUGUUAGAGAAGGACACGAUUACUACCAGCAGAAUGACGGCCUGGAUCAAGACAGUUAUUCUCAGUGAGAAUAGAAUGAACGAUAUAAUUUGGAUGCUGAGGACAUUGCUGAGGUCUGUUGAUGUUGUGGAAGACGCUGCAUUCUACUUCAUGCCUGAGUUCUACAUGAUGGCUAUCCUGAACAUGUACAGGGCUCUGCAGGAGUGUUUUCCUCAGAAGGCUUUGAUGAGACACCGCCAGGCACCAGCUCUCUUCAGAGAACUUGCUCAUUUCUUUGCUAAACAUAUUUGCAAUCCUCUCAUCAAAUCUAUCGACGUGAAAGACCAUAUUCUUCAGUCCUCUGUGAUCUUUGUGAACUAUCCCCAAACACUCCAAGCUCUGGAACGCCUACCUGAGAUAGACUGUGGUAACUUCAUGAGUAGUAUUGUGGCUAACUACAGCAAGGCUAACUACGUCCACCUCUCCAGGAUGCUGAUUAGGUUCUGGAAGGGGCACGGGUUUGCUUACCGGGACCCACCCGAGUACUAUAACAAGAGACACGAGGUGUUGUUGCCUGGUGUACUUGCCGGCACUGCGAUGUACAUGAGUGUAUAUGAGAUCGAGCCUAACCCAUCAGUAAAAUACCAGAACUUGUUUAGCACAUUCCUCGCUCAGGGAGAAAAUGGAGCUAAGUUCAUCAACAUCGUUUUUAACCAGCUCAACUCAUGUCUCACCGAAUUCAUGAAUUCUCGCAAAGACAUUAGAAAGAACCACAAUACCUAUACCUCCCUGGUGGAGCGGAGUUGUUUGAUGUGGUACGAUCUCACGAUAAUACUUGUGAGGUUCCUGGAGAUGAUCUCGGCACUCUCUCCCCAGGUUAUGAUCGCUAAUCCUGAGUCCAUGGCUUAUGAUCCGACUCCUGAAAUAAACAUGGAGCGAUUAGUCCAGCUUGUGAUCCAAAUCAUGAGCAGGAACAAGCAGCUAGUCAUGACAGAGGAGUUCUUCAUCAUUCAGAGAUUCAGCACCAUUGAUAUCUUGAAACUGAACUGCGCAGUUACUGGAAUAGUCGUACAUCUCCACAGAAAUGCACCGCAUUUGACGGAUAUCUUUUUAAAGAAGCUGAUUUCAGAAAGAGGAUUCGAUAUGCUCGUUUUCCAGAACUUUAUCAAAGCCACUAUAUCAGUCGGGCAAAGAAGGUCACGAUCAGAUUUCGAUUACAUCACAGUAACAGAAAUCCAAGAAGUUGAAAACCUUCUCAGUAAGAUAGAAGAACUUCACAGAUCGUUGAUGGUUGAAUCUAGGCAAUCAACAAUAGCAGAGGAUGAUUUGUGUCCAAUCUGUUAUGACAAAUGCAUAUCGGCGGUCUUUAAUCCAUGUGGACAUAAAUCUUGCAGGGCAUGUAUAACCAUGCACCUUUAUAAUUCUAAAGAAUGCUUCUUCUGCAAAACUAACAUUGAUAACAUUAGCGACCUGGGUGGUGCUAUAUCAUGACGAAAACUGAUCAUAACGAGGAAAAUGUCAAAUUAGUGUUGAAAUGUUGGGAUUGUUAUGCGAUGUGGUGAUAAUGAGGAGAUAAGACUGAAUAGAGAGAAGAUAAGACUGAACUGGGACUACAACACAGUACCCCACUGUGUACAGCUACUCAGCUGAAUAAUAUGUUAUUGAUAAGUUGUUUAAAUGUGCUUUAAGUUUUAUAACUACAACAUAAUAACUUUUGAGGCCAGAUUAUAAAACAUUCGAUUCAUUGUUUCCAUUUGCCAUCUUAUGAUCAACGCACCAGUUUUAGUUCGUUAAGAAAGAAUUUGCGUUAGAUAUAAUGUAAUUACCUGUGUUAACCCUGUAUAUGCAAUAGGAGCUUCAUCUAACCGCAAUAUAUGUUGGCUUUUUUGUUUGUUUAGACCUGUUUGAAGGUAUUCGGUGACCUUUUCAAGACAUAAUGAGUACUGUACUAUAAUGAGGGUUUGUGAAAAUAUCGUUCCUUUUCCGCCAUGGAGUUAACGUCAAAGAUUUAAAUUUUAGUAAUACUUAAUUUUACUUAAUUUUUGGAGCAGGCUGCUGAUAAUUUUGUGUUAACAUGUUCUAUAUUUGAUUGCAGUACUGAAAA